AUGGUGGUGGGGAAGAAGAAGGAGGAAGAGGAGGAGGAGGAGACAGCUCUCCUGACCUAUGCCGAGGAGCAGAGCAGGUUGACUCUUCCUGCUCUUACCAAUUCUGGAAACAGCACAGGGACGCCAGGGUGCCUAGUUCCACCAACGCCCUUUCCCAACAGGGCUGAAUGCAAGGUUGGCUACCUGACUGGUGCUGAGAUCAAGAUGAGCGGGGGCGUAGCAGAUUCUACGGAUGCUGCUCGUGGCACUUUCAGCCAGGUGGAGCCAGGAAAUGAGCGCGACAGCCUUGACUUCAACAGGCAGAUUAAGACAGAGGACCUUGGUGACUCCCUGCAGCAGAACCUCUCCCCACGGCAAUGCCACCUGAGCCAAGGACCUUCCAUGAUGUCUGGAAACCAAAUGUCUGGGGACAUGGCUUCUCUCCAUCCACUCCAGCAGCUUGUGCUGGUUCCGGGCCACUUACAGUCCGUAUCCCAGUUCCUGCUUUCCCAGACCCCACCUGGGCAGCAAGGUCUGCAGCCGAGUCUUCUCUCCUUUCCACAGCAACAAAGCAGCCUCCUCCUGCCACAGACAGGGCCGGGCCUGGCCUCACAGGCAGUCGGGCGCCCCGGGCUGCCGGGAUCCUCUUUAGAACCCCAUCUGGAAGUAUCACAGCAUCUCCCGGUGCCUAAGCAUCUACCAGGGCCUGGAGGGACGGAUGAGCCCAGUGACCUGGAGGAGCUCGAGAAGUUUGCCAAGACCUUCAAGCAAAGGCGCAUUAAGCUGGGCUUCACACAGGGAGAUGUGGGAUUGGCUAUGGGAAAGCUGUAUGGCAACGACUUCAGCCAGACUACCAUCUCACGAUUUGAGGCCCUUAACCUGAGCUUCAAGAACAUGUGCAAACUCAAGCCACUGCUGGAGAAGUGGCUGAACGAUGCAGAGUCCUCCCCAUCAGACCCCUCAGCAAGCACGCCCAGCUCCUAUCCCACCCUCAGCGAAGUGUUUGGCAGGAAGAGGAAGAAGCGGACCAGCAUUGAGACCAACAUCCGCCUGACUCUGGAGAAGAGAUUUCAAGAUAACCCCAAACCCAGCUCAGAAGAGAUUUCCAUGAUUGCAGAACAGCUUUCCAUGGAGAAGGAGGUGGUGAGGGUCUGGUUCUGCAACCGAAGGCAAAAGGAGAAGCGAAUCAAUUGCCCAGUGACCACACCCAUCAAGUCACCCAUCUACAACUCUCGGCUGGUCUCUCCCUCGGGAUCUCUGGGCCCCCUGUCUGUCCCUCCUGUCCACAGCACCGUGCCUGGAACCGUAACGUCAUCCUGUUCCCCUGGGAACACCAGCAGGCCUUCGUCUCCUGGCUCAGGACUCCAUGCCAGCAGCCCCACAGCAUCUCAAAAUAACUCCAAAGCACCAAUGAACUCCUCCUCCAGCUUUAACUCCUCAGGAUCUUGGUACCGCUGGAAUCAUCCCACCUACCUCCACUGAGACCAAAAUGUUCCUCCUACUCUGCCUGGCCCCAGGUCCCCACUGGGAGGAAGAAAGUCAUGGCUUCUGGGUAUGGACAGACUACAUUCAGAAGAGUGGAAGAAAAGCCCCCUGUGGAUGAGUGAACCCACACUCUUGCUUUCGGCAGGAGCGAGGGCCUUGGAGAGCCACGCUGUGAUGGAAGCCGCUGCUGACUGCUCAGGCUCUUGACGGCGCCCCUGCCAGGAGUCCGCCAGCCUCACCUUCCUCGCCUGCAGCCUGCCUUCUCACCCCAAAGGUUUUGGUCCUCAGGGCCACUUAGUCUCUCAGAGAAAAAAAGACAUCCUGCCGCUAUUCUUCAACUCACCUUUGGCCUGGGGACAGCCAUUUACCUGGUGGCCAAACUACCGAAAGGAAGAUAAAGGUUUUUGAUUCUGACCUCAACGACAUUCCCCAACUGACCCCCAAAUCCAUAGAAAGAUGGGAGGCAGAUGUUUCCAUCAAAGCCUUGUUUUCUCUGACCCGCAAAGAUUUCCCACUGUCUCUCCAUUUUUUUGUCCAUUUUUUUUCUUUUGAGACUCACUUUCUUUUCUACAACCAGAUCCCUUCAUUCUUGCGUCCUGAGUUCCUUCCUCUUUGCAGAUUGCUGAGCCACGCUCUGGGUGGGUCGCUCCACUCCCUGGUGCUCUCAUUUUGUCUACAUCUACCCCCGAAUUCAAGAACAUCUGUUCUUUCUCCCUGUGUUUCUCCUUACUCCCUCCUUUCUCCUGGCUGCAAAAAAGGGAAGAAUCCAAGAGCAAACCCAUAGGGAUGAGAUUGGCCACAUAUUUGUACAUAGCCUUUUUUUGUUUUUGUUUUUCAUUAUGAUCUUUUCUCCUUAAUGUGUAACUUUCUACCAAAAUGCUUAACUCAGGUGUGAAUUUUGAAGACGUCUCUGUAAUAUUUUAUCAACUUAAAAAAGGGAAAAAUACCAAAGUAUGAAAUACUUCCACAGAGUUCCCACAUGAGCUGAGACUGAUAACUUUUGGGGGAACAUUUUCGGUAGAGUUUCCUUUGUGGGCCAGUGUGUAGACUGUAACGAGAAGCCAUCCCAGCAUGGUAACAUUUAAAAAGAAAAAAAAAAAAAUCAACAGGAAACGG